GGCCAAUUCGACUAUAACACCUACACAUCGCGGAGCUCGUAGCUAGCUAUACACACGCCUGCAAGUGCUAGCUGCUGUGACUUUUUUUGAUGAUGAACCUGGCAAGAAUUAAAAGUGCACUGGAUGGUAUUCAGGAUGCUAGCUUGCACAGCAUUGCAGAGACGAUGAGUGGCAUUGAACCUCUGGGAAGCAGUACCAACGCUUCCACUGCAGGCAGCCCAAGAGAUGCAUCCUCAAAGCUCUCCACAAGACACCUAGAAACAGAUACCGCAAGGACCUCUAGAGACUCCUUGUUCUCACCUAUUGGGGAAGCAAAGCACGAACCUAUUGUACAUAUAGGAGGCGUACUGUCGGACUCUCGUUUCAGGAAGUCUGCAUCGGAACCUUUGACAGGCGAGAAGGACUGGAGACUGCCUCAGGAUCAGAGAGGCGUCAGCGAAAAUAAAUAUGACCAGAGCCAGAGGACAAAGAAUGUGCGAAUUGCGACCACCUCCGAGACGUUGGUUAAUAGAGCUCUGUUUGUGAAAGAGAGUCACAUGUCGUCCAGAACCAGUGUUGGAGAUGUGUCUAAGCCAUGUGUAUCAUCUCAUCCAAGCUCUGUUGCCGCGAUAAAGAAGUUGACUGAUGUCACUGGGAAUUCAGGAUUAGAUGGAACAACAUAUCGUUACAAUUCUCGCAGUGAUAUGAUUGAUAUCGAGCAACGCUCACCCCAUGAUGCUUUCAGCAUCUAUUCAUCGGAUACAGGUACUAACACUCCACGUUACCAGGACACCAGUUUGACUGCUUCAGUUGGGUCAAGGAUAUCUCAAGGUCAAGAUGAAUCGGUUCCUGGGAUACUGUCAUCGCAGCAACAGCCAUUGUCAUCAAGUCCAAGAUUGGAGCUGCACGGUCUGCCAGAAGGAAGGUCCAUAAAAGACUUUGAGAAUCACCAGUCCAUUCCAGCUGAACUUGCCGAAAUCGAAACUUUGAGACAAAAUUUGAGCAACAUGAUAACCUCUCCCGGGUUAUCUCAAGAUGAAAGUUUAUCUGAAUUGCUGAUGCUUGACAAGGAGCGUGCUAAGAGACAAUCAACAGAAAGCAACAAAACAGAUUCACUUUUGGGGGCUCAGGUUUUCCAAGGUAUUUCACCGUCCUCACUGAGACCUGGAUCUGACAGCGGCUUGGCGUCUUACCAACCGUCACAUGUGACCUCAACUCAAAGGUCAGGGGUCAGCACGGUCGAAAGCAGCAUCACCCAAGAGAAUAGGGUACUGAGAGAAGGGUUGGAGAGGGAGAGGUGCAGGAGAAAGCAUUGUGAGGAUCAGAUAGCUACAUUGCAGGGGAGGAUCCUCGAAACUCAGCAGCUCCUAGCUGUCGCUCAGGCUACAGAGAAGAAGAAAGACAACAUGAUCGCACAACUUGACAAGACAAUGGCCAAAGUUUCUGCAAGUUUGAAGCAGAGAGAACAAGAGAAAGUUGCAGUGGUUGACAAGUUGAAAGCAGCUAACGAUGCACUACUGCAGGAGAUUGAGAAACAAAAGAUUGUGAUACGAGAACAAAACAGAGAAUUGGUUGCCAGUAAACAGCACUCUGAGGACUUCAGACAAUCAGAGAGAGCUUUGAGAGAUCAGUUAAAACAACACCAAGCAGAAAAUUCUAAGAGAUGGGAGGAAGCACAGAAGAUGGCACAGCUUACCAAUAAACAAAUGGAAUCCAUGGGGGAGGAUUGUCUGAAGGUGGAACGGCAGCUCAAGCAAGUCCAAAAUACUCUAGCAUCAGAGAGAGAAGAAUGGAAGCACAAAGAGGUCGAACUGGAGCAGAAACUUUCAUCCUUGGAGACGGAGCAGACCGCAUCUUUUGAUGAGAUGCAGAGACUACUGCAGGAGGAGAAGAGAACGGUAGAUGAACUGAAGAAAGAUCUUGUCAAAGUGAGAAGAGAAGCCGAUGAAAGUAGGAAGGAGAAGGAAAAUGCCCUCCGGGAAAAGGAGAAGUCUGCUCUGGAGCUGAGCCUGGAGAAGGCCCGGUGGGAAGCCAAGCUUCAGAAGCAGGAGGCCGAUAUCCAGGAUCGGGAAGGAUCAAGGGCGAACGAGAGGAUGGAGAAGAUGAAGAGGGAAGCCGAGGAGAUGGAGGAGAUGCUCCGGGAGGGUCAGAGGAAGCAGGUGUCGGAGAUGAGCGAGAGACACAUGGAGGAGCUUCGGGUGCAGAAAGACGUUCAUCAGAGGGAGAUGAUGCAGAGAGAACAGAGAUGGGCGGACAAACAACAUCAAUAUCAGACAAGGUUGGCUGAAUGUCAACAGGAAAUUCUGAAACUGACCAGAAAGAUCGAGAAAGUGCAGCAGCAAAGGUUUGGGAUCGUAAGUAAGCUGCAACAUUUUCUACAAUCUCAGUGCAACGAAGCUGUGAUGAUGGUCAGCUCUCUAGAGAAGUCUCCCCAAACUCCUGUCAAUGUGAAUGGACAAGUGACUGGUGAAAGAGGCUACACAAGGCAAGGGGUCAGAGGUCUUGUCAAUCAAGGUCAAAAAGUCAGAAGUGCAGUUGGUCCUUACACAAGCAUUGAAGGUCAGCAUGCAGAGCAAUUAAAGCGUGCCCAAGAGGAGGCCAGACAAGCAAUCCAACGCCUCUAUCUCGAGAAGCAAGAGGAAUUUGAUGAAGACGCUCCGCACGAAGCAUCGUCCUUCUACCCUCUCGAAGCUGCCCCGUCUACCCCUACGAACAGUGAGGUGUCGCAGAGUACGGUCUAUCAUGAUAUCGAUGCGUCACUUCUUCAGACGGCUCAUUCUACUGGCAACCAACCAAACAGACAGAGUUGGCACGUAGACCAGAGACUGCCUGCAACACCCAAUACAGUCAUAACCAAUGGGGUCAUGAUGCACAAAGGGGUGUUGACCGCCACACCCCAGCGAUUGGACACAAGCCAUUUAAUGAAUGGAAUACCAGCAGGGGAUGAGAUGGAGUCGGGAUGGAUGGGCGUCGACCAGUCGGAUACCGGUGCCUUCCUGGAGAUGAUGACCGCUGAGCGUCAGGAUACAAAGAUAGAACAAGACAUCGUAGGAUGGAUGAGUCAACAUAACUCUACUCUAACUUCAUCACCAACCAAGGAUGGUCCGUCAGAUUACUACGUCCAGUCAGGUCAAGGAUUAUCUAUUCACAUUCCAGGAACCCUAGCAACCUCUAGCAAUACUCGGGUCAAAGGUCAUAACAGAAGUGAUCUUUCCACCGGACCUCUGGACAUGCUCGAUAGCCCGGUCUCAUCAACGCAAGGAGAUUUUAGAGAAAUCGCCCUCCAAAAAUACAUCGCCAAGCUUUUAGAACAAUCUCCAGGGUCUGUUCAACAAGACUAUCUACCGCAACGUAAUCUUGCGUCAUCAACGGGUAAAACAGUGAUAGAGAAAGAAAGAUUGCAGAGUGGUAUACCACAUGUUACUAUGGAGCAUCCGCAACGGGGAAGUUCAGAUGUUAGAACCUCUACCACGACAAAUGCUAGUCGACAGGUGGUUGCAACCAGUAGAGGCGUGGUUAGCAAAGACAAGAUCAAGGCUGGACCUCCCAAUUCUGGACCAAAGAGUGCCCCCAGCAGGCCAAGACCAGCCAUGGGAAGAGGUCAAGACACUACGGGAAACCCCACCAAGUCGUCUCAGCGAACAAAGGUGUGGCGCUGAGGUGGAUAGACGGCACCAGCUUUAGGUCAAGAUGAGCAAUCCAUAGAAAUUGACGAGACUUGAUAGUAGACCAAGUAAAUUGUCAAAGUGUGGCGAUGAAUUUGAUACACAGUGCCAUCUACAGUACAAGAUUAGAAGGGUUGUGAGACGUCUAAUAUCUACAGUGAUAUCGUGUCUGAUAAAACGUGAGGUAAAUUUGAGAAAUGGUGAUGUGUAUGUGAAAGAAAAGGUUUUAAAUGUUGAUGAUACCAUUGAGCUGGUACCUGAAUAGUCCUUUAAAGGUGCUGGAGAAAGAGUAAAUUUAACUAUCAAAAUGAUGAUAUGUUUGUCUAAGAAUAUUGCUAGUGGGGAAAAUAGAGGCUACUUCUGCAAUAGCACAAAUGCCAAAUUUUUUUUUUUUUUUUUUUAAUAAUUUACCCAUUGUGUGCCUAUUUUCUCGAAAAAGAAGAAUGAUUAGUAAAUGCAUGGUAAAUAAAUCCUGUGUUUUCUUAUUGAAUAUUCUCAAACUCCUUCUUUAUCCACUGCUGCAUAGGGAUUUUGUGUUUGAUUUUAUACUGUACAUCUGCAGUGCAGUACGUUAUAUCAUUCCUAAUAUAAAGCAUGUAAUUUCAAUUAAUCAUAAGACUAACUAAAUUGGCAACACAUUGAAAACAGUGAAAUCACUACUAUGAAUGCAAAUUGGCAACUUCUUGAUGUUAUCUUACUGAGUGUAUAUUUGUUUUCAAUGAUGAGAACUAUCCAUAUUCAUUUAUUUCCUUGAAGAAGUACUCUCCCAAAAAGCGUACACGCUGUCCUGGAGAGGGACAAUAAGCGAUUGCCGAUAUGAGGAGUUAAAAACAAAUAAGUUUAAACUUUUUUUUCUUUCCCGAUGUACCUGCCUUUACUAGAUGCUGCUCUGCCAGCAGUCCCAGCUGGGAAAUUUGCCCCGGAAAGGUAACCAGUUUAUAGCCAUAUUUUUGAAAAUGCAAAGCAUCUUUUAGGAGGAAACCUACCCUAAAGGUGUCGGGAUGACAUCAUCAGAUAAACAUAUUUCUACAGGGAAAAUACAGUAACCGUCGCAUCCUGUCCGAAUGUACCUUUGGCACACUCUCUCCGAGCGUGUCUUUAGAUCACGUAAUGAAAGGUAAUUAAUUACAGUAAUUAACUUUGAAUUGAACUUAUUAUAUAUUCUAAAUAUAACCUUAAUACAUGCAAGGAAAGUGAAAAUGAUAAACAGAUCAAUUCGCUAGAAAGAAGACAGUAAUUUUUGAUAGAGAUUGACACAAUUUUUAUAGCCCUGAUUAUCAGAGUAAACACAUGCAUUACGAAAAUUCUUGUUUUAACUAUCAAACCCCAAUUUCAAAUUCCAAGCCAUUUUCACUUCCCCCUUCCCCCCCCCCCCCCCCCCCCCCCCCCCCCGUGAAGUGUGCAGGCAAGUGCGCACACACAUGUAAGUGAAAUCCGUCGGGCCAAAAGAGGAUGGAUAUUAUUAAAUAGGUGACACAACCAAUAUUGCAACAGAAAGACAAAGUAAAAUACC